AGAAAAUAAGCUAAAAGGUCAUAGUGAAAUGUUCCAAAACAUGUCUUUUAGUUUAUAAACUAUAAAAAGUUGGAGUCAGACUUGCGGAUAACCAAAACGUGGCCGGAAAACGCAGCCGGAGUGUUGCCGGCCACGAUAUCAGAUAGUAUUUACUUUUCUGUAUUUCUCUCCGUCUCCAAAUUUGAACAGCACAAUGCCUAUAACUGUUGACAGUUCAAUUGUUUCCCCGGUACUUCUAUCAAGGACAUGUUUGACUAAGCUGGACAACACAAGAGCUUUUUUGUUGACAACUGCAAUAACUGUCUCUCCCAAAAAAAGUUGUAUCUCCUGCGCAUUUGUCAAGUCGAAAUUGAAUCCGAAUGUUGGUGGUUCUGUUGAGAAGGAUAAAAAAGGGAAGAAAAAAGUGGGUAAGACAGAACACCACUUGUGGCAAAGAAGAGAUUCAGCUCAGUCUGGCCAAAAGGCACUCACUCUUGUCAGAACUAUCUGUGAACUUCCUAACGAGAAAGAGGCUGUUUAUGGAGCACUAGACAAAUGGACGGCUUGGGAAACAGAGUUCCCGUUGAUUGCAGUGGCUAAGGCUUUAAAUAUCUUAAGGAAAAGGGGUCAAUGGGUUCGUGUAAUUCAAUUAGCAAAGUGGAUGUUGAGCAAAGGACAAGGAGCAACAAUGGGAACAUACGACACCCUUCUUCUGGCAUUUGGUAUGGAACAGAGAGUAGAUGAGGCAGAAUCUCUAUGGAAUAUGAUUAUACAUGCCCACACACGCUCCGUUUCAAAGCGACUUUUUUCUAGGAUGAUUUCAUUGUAUGACCAUCAUAAUCUGCCAGAUAAGAUUGUGGAGGUAUUUGCCGACAUGGAGGAGUUGCGAGUAAAACCUGAUGAAGAUACAGUCAGGAAAGUGACAAGUGCUUUUAAAAAACUAGGCCAAGAAGAGAAACGGAAAUUGGUAAUAAAACGAUAUGGGCUUAAAUGGAAGUAUAUUCACUUUAAUGGUGAACGGGUGAGAGUUAGAACACAAACAUGGGAAGAAGACCAACUAUGAAUGACAUUGAAAUUGAUAAAUGUCAACAAAGAUACCGCCAAAUCUUUAUAUCUUUGAAGCAAUUGUCUUGUUGCAUUGAUGCAUUCCACGGUUGUCGUUGUUGUUGAGUCAAGUGGUUGAGUUCAAGAGGUUGAUGAGUUACAUUAAGGUCAACUCAAGUUCAUUUUCUAAGAACCAAAAGGUUAACCAGAAAAAACUACCAUUGUUGCAUCAUAGACUCGCCUAUCUGAUUCAUUGCCAUUUAUCCCGCUCUAGUUUAGAAACCUAUCAACCAUGAGUUGAACUGCAUUUGGGGGCACAACACCUAAUGUUAAAAGUGUAUUUUUGUAUCAUAUUAGACAUCUAGUGUGAGAAUUUGUUGAGCUUGGUGUAAAUGUUAGAUUUAUUUUGGAUGAAAUUCAUGCACAUGUUAGAGUAA